GGUUGUAACUUGGUAACCCUAUAUUGACCCAUUUCCGUUUAUAAUAUGCAUCGCGCACCUGAGUUUCUGAUUCAAUGAUGAGAAAAAAGACAAUAUUUUGCAAGAAUGAAAUAUCCGUCAAGUACUAACACCAAAAUAUCAACACGUAUUAAUGGAUACGGUAGAUCACAGGCAACUCCCUGCUGUGUCACAGUGAGUGUAACACUACAGACAGUUCCAGAGGGCGUGAUAGAAAGAACCUACUACCUCAGGAUAAAUAAAAACUUUGAAUCUCCAUGGUGACAGAGUGGCUUGGAAAUGCCUGGACGGCACUGUAUUUCUUCCUCGUGAGACCAAUGUGGAAGUGGGUCCUUCGCAAGUAUACGGGUCGAUGUGAACUUCUGCGCAUAUGUUACCAGUAUGACGAGGGUGCAAAGCGCACAAAGAGCAUCGAGAGAUCGCUGAAGCUGUCUAGGGUGACCUACCUGAAGGAGUUGUACAAGUCGGGCAACAUCCCAGAUACUGCAGCUGCAGCUCAGGAGGUGAUGAAGAUAAAGGCCAUUGUACAGGAGGUUCAUCCUAGGUUUAUGGACUGUUUCCAAGUCUGCCUGUGUCAGAUUUGUGGAUACAAAAAACUCAAGAAUGACGUCGACACAAUCAGGAGAGUGUCAUAUUCAGCUGAAAAUUCGGACCAUGAAAAGAUACUCCUGGAGUUGUGGGAUAACAUGAUGCCAGGUGUAAAACUCGAGACAAGGAUCUGCAACCAAUGGAAGGAGCUUGGUUUCCAAGGAGAAGACCCGAAGACCGACUUUCGAGGCAUGGGAGUUCUGGGACUCUACCAGCUAUUACAUUUUGCCACGAAGCAUCGCGAGCAGUGUCGGAGGGUAUUAUCUCGCUCCAACCACCCAACUUACUGGUACCCCUAUGCUGUCGUUGGGAUCAACCUGACUAAAGCCAUCUUUGACAUGUUACAAUCCGGAGCCCUACGCACACAUUUCUACAACACAUCCAAGGAUAAACCAUGCAUUCACGAUUAUCAUGAAGUAUACUGCUACAUGUUCUUUGAGUUUGAUAAGUUUUGGUUCGACUCUAAACCCAAAGACAUUAUGGAGUUUGGAAGACUGCAGGGAAAAUUCAAGAAACUGAUCCAAGAUAGACUUAAGGAUGACCCGUCCACAGUUCUAGUCGCUGAUUUCCAGAAGGAGGAGUAGCUUGCAUACAGCUGAUUUAGUUUUAUUAGGGUAGCAUGUCUGGAAGUGCUUAAAAUGAAGGCAAUUGUUGGGUGUGAAUGUCCUACACGUGUGUUCAUUUACUGAUUUGAAAAACUGGAUUAAACUUGCAGAGACUCCCCAUGUUCUGACAUUCCUUAUCCCCAUUGGAUAUUGUCUGGUCAUCUCUUCUUUUGAAUUUCUAUUACUCUUAUGGCCAGACUAGAAUUCCAUUUAGGAAUCCAUCAUCUGUGGUACGCAGAACUUCACUGGACAUUCACUAGUGGACGUUGGAUCUCAUUUCCCCUUGUACUUGAUUUGAAAUAUGUUAAGUGGAAGCAAAAAACAUCUAUCAACACCUGUAUUUUACAGGUGUUUAGCCCAAGCUUAGUAUUAAGGAUGGAUGCUACCUUUACACCAUGGUUGAAAAACUAAGAAGAAAAACUGUUAGAAGUUUUUGAGGAAAAAAUAACAAGCAACAUUUUAUAUUACCAGUGAUUUUUCAAACAUUUUUUCAGAGUAUUUUGCUCACCUUUGAGAAAAAACAGCAAAGUUGUUAGAAGU